AUGCAGGCUCCAGCAGAUUCAGCCACCGCACAGCUGGCGCCCAACUCCAAGGGCUCGGAGCGAGUGGACACGCUGGCAUUGACCGGACUCCGUGGGCUGGCGGCCCUACACGUGGCUUUCGGUCACUACAUCGCCGGUUCCCCGAUCCACGUGGACUUGAUCGGUGGCGCAUCCAUGAGUUUUUUCUACCUGCUCUCCGGCUUCGUCAUGACUCUUGGUUAUGCGAAGGACCUGGUCGCUGGUGGAGAAAGCAGCCGGAUUGCCGACUUCAACAAGCGCCGCUUCUGGCGCAACCGAUUUGCAAGGCUUUUCCCGAUGUACGUGCUGACCAACGCUCUUUUCUUCAUGAUGCAGCGCAUCUUUAUCAAGGAACACUCGCUGUCCUUCCUCUCCUCGCCAUACUGGGACUUCAACUUGGUGCUGACGGCUCUGGGCCUCAACAUGUGGGUCUUUCCCAUUACUGUCUGGCUUCCUUCCGGCUCCCAAAUAGAGCUCCCAAGCAACUUCGUGACCUGGACAGUGCAAACCAUGGCCGUUUUCUACAUCGUCUUCCCGAGCAUGCUCUCAUGGCUGCAGAAUGUCCAGCGACGACGCCUGAUGGUGCACCUGCUCUUUUGGCUCCAGGCUGUAACCUUCAUGUCCCUGGUCUGCAUUGGCCUCUUUUGGCUGAACAACUUCGAGUGGUCCUACUGGAGUGCCAGAGCGUGGCCUUUGAGCCGGAUCCCCGUCUUCGCAAUGGGUUGCCUCGCCGCCGUGGAGCGGAUCCACGGUGGAGGUCACCUGACCGCAUUUUGCCGCCUUCCCCGGCGCUGUUCCGCAGAGUCGGAGGAUGCGAGGUGGGGAUGGCGCGCCACCGCCUUGGGCGUCGGAAGAUCUGCGACUUCCGGCGUCCGUCCUGGGCUCGCAGUUCCCCGGAAGCUGGAGCAAAAUCUGCUCCUGGAGGGAACGCUGUUGCACAGAGUUUUUGGGUUGAUGGUCCUCCCAUAUAGUGAGUGCAUCUCAAGUCUAUUCAUCAGCACAGCUACCACAUGCCUGAGCCACCUUGCCAUGGGUGCGAAUGCCAGCGCCAGCGCUUGCUGUGAAGAGCAGCCGGUCGCGUUGCCUGUGGAAGUCGUCGGCGCUGUGCAGCAUGACGACAAUCACUUUCCAGAGCCACCGUCACCGUCUUUAUCCAUCGGUGACGAUAUCGAGUCAGGUUUAGAGGUGGUACUUCCUGAUGAGAUUCUUCCUCCCCGAGUGUCGGUGAGAAGCUCAUUGAGCUCAGAGUUGUUGACGUUGUCCAUGUCCCCACAGUGGAGCGCAGACUUGCCAAUGGUCCAACGCGCCAUCAGCUUCAAGGUGGAGAGGGAAAUCGUGCGGGGGAUCCCGCUGGUCGUCACCCUCCGAAACUUCGGCAAGCUGUGGAAAACCUCACCUCUAGAAUUGGACUUGGAGUCUCAGACGAAGCUGUGGAGCAUGUCGCAGCCCGUUGACAAGUUCGAUGUGUUUUUUUCGCACACCUGGAGGACACGAGGCAGCAGGAAGGUGCUCUCACUGUUGUUCCAGCAUGGUUGGCGAACCUUGCUGAUGCUCAGCCUUGGCUGUGCGGCAGUGGUAUUCAUCCUGAGUGCUGUUGGUGUGCUUCCAACAACACCCUUGACCUGGCCCGUGAAUGUCAUGGGCUUCAAAGCUAUAUGUCCUUUCUCUCCAUGGACUCACCUGACCGGCACACUGGCAUUGCAGAUUUCUCUUUUUAUUCUUCCGUACUGCAGCUGCGCAUGCUCUUCACCGAAAUGUUUUCUCGAUGUGGUCAGCAUUCAUCAGACAGACAGGAGAAUGAAGCAGCGAGGCGUUUACGGGCUGGGAGGCUUCCUGAGUAUCUCGAAGGAGAUGCAUGUUCUAUGGUCGCCACCGUACCUGACCCGCUCCUUGGUUGUAGAUGCAACUACCGAAAGUCUUUGGUGCGUUUUCGAAUUGGCCGCAUUUCGCAAGGCAAACCCGCAGAAGCCUUUAAAACUGAAGCCGCUCUUCGUCGAGAGCCAGAUCCUGCUCCUCACGGUGGCGAGCGGUAUAUGCAGCGCGAUAUAUGUGAUGGUGAGAACAGGCCAUGGCAUUGUGGCUCUUGCGAACCUUUCCUUUUUGCCCCUGGUGCUCUUUAUACACACCAACCGAAGGUUCAUGAGAGAGGAGCAACAACUCACCGAAUCGCUGGAGACUUUCGACCUGCAAAAUGUGCAAUGCCACUCGGCCGCCGACAGGGCUUUCGUACACCUGGCCAUCUCAGCUUGGUAUGGCAGUGAGGAAGCCUUCACAGAGUACGUGCGUGGCCCGUUGAGGGAGGAGCUCAUGGCCGCUUCCGGAGUGGACCUGCCGUUGAGCUAUGCGCUUCUCAUAGUUAUCAGCCCAUUUUGCAUGGCCGUUGAUGUGUGUGUAGCCAUGAUGCGUGCUGGGGCACCCCUCGAGGUUGUGCUGGCUGAGUUCACGAGCUUAGGGCUUGGCAUAACGAUGUUUUGGCUCAUGUUUUGCACGAAAGUCAUGUGGAGCCUUUGCAGCCGAUGGGCUUCCCUUGGAUCAACAUGGAUCAACGAUUGCCUUGUGACCAUGGCCGUCUUCCUGGUGUUUAUGAUUCUCUUGGCUGGAGGCAGCCUUCUCGUCAACGGCCUCCUGCCAAUAUCACCAGCAGGUGCCAUAGCUGCUGGCAUUGUCGCGAUUGUGCCGUUGAAGGAUUUCCGGCUGCUGCAACUUCGGGAGGGCUUGGUCCGUGCAAGCUGGGAGGCAUUCGUCCCCCUGCUUUUCAUCGACCUGAUCCUGGCAUUGACGCAGUGCGGUAACAAUGGACCUCUGGCAAAGCUUUGCCGAAGCAAGCCGAUGGAGUUCAUGGGAGACAUCGCCAUGGCCUUCUACAUGGUGCACUUCAUGGUGCUGGGCCUGGGUACCAGUCUUUGUGCCCGCUUCUUCCCCCCGAAGGGUCCCACGCCCAUGUAUGCGGCGACACCAUGGUGGCUGCUUGGCACAUGUUUCGUCGUGGCUCUGUUCUUCGGAGCCUUUGUCACGGAAGAGCCUUAUGUAACGGCGGCUUCGGUCUUUAACAGGGUUCAUAAGGAUGUGUAA